CCCGCGCCGGUGCGCAGGCGACAGGCUCGCUGUCCCCGGCUGAAAGUUUCCCAUCCCCCCCCAGCCCCCGCCCCCGGCCCCCGGCCCCCGGCCCCCGAGGAAGCUACCGUCGCCCCAGCCCACCAUGGCGGACGAGAUCGACUUCACUACCGGAGAUGCCGGGGCUUCCAGCACUUACCCUAUGCAGUGCUCGGCCCUGCGCAAAAACGGCUUCGUGGUUCUCAAAGGACGACCGUGCAAAAUAGUGGAGAUGUCAACUUCCAAGACCGGAAAGCACGGCCACGCCAAGGUUCACCUUGUCGGAAUUGAUAUUUUCACCGGCAAAAAAUAUGAAGAUAUUUGCCCUUCUACUCACAACAUGGAUGUUCCAAAUAUUAAGAGAAACGAUUAUCAACUCAUAUGCAUUCAAGAUGGUUACCUUUCCCUGCUGACAGAAACUGGUGAAGUUCGUGAGGAUCUUAAGCUGCCAGAAGGUGAACUAGGUAAAGAAAUAGAAGGAAAAUACAAUGCAGGUGAAGAUGUACAGGUAUCUGUUAUGUGUGCAAUGAGUGAAGAAUAUGCUGUAGCCAUAAAGCCCUGCAAAUAAAUGGGAACAUCAGGCACGAGCAAAAUGUUUAGGUCUGGAUCAACCACAGAUCUAAAGUUUGGCUCUAAAUUGUCACCAAAGCUAUGGCCUUCAUAAGCAACCUCAUUUCUUUUUUAAUUGUUUUGAAAUUGUGCUGAGUUAGUUUUGCAGGCAGUUGUUAAUUUAAAAUAAUCAAGAUGUGUAAUUCUCUUUUUUUAAUUUUGUAGGUGUCUUUCCUAUAACUUUCCUGUGGUUUUCAGUGAGUCCAAGAAACUGAUAAGAUGGCUUCAGCAGAUAUGAUUUGUCUGAGCAAAUCAUUCCUGAAUUUUAGUUGAUAAGUAAACCAGGGUUUUAAAUCAGACAAUGUAGCAUCUAGUGGUAUUGAAGUACCACAUUUAAGUUGAAUUGUUCUACAUUAAUUUCACACUUAUUAUAGAAUGAAUAGAUUAUGGAUUGGGAUUGUCACAGUUUCAGCCUGUGUGUGGCAAGCACAAAUCCUUAAAUAGAUAUCAAAAAGUUAUCAAAAAAUGUCAGUUAUCCUAGUAGGCAUGUGCAGCCACCUGUAUUACCUCAGUCAUACUUUUCUUUGCCAAAAUUGUUGGAGAACUAAAUGUUACCUUCUGUGUAGUGAUUUUGGUACCUGCUUGUGGUUGACAGGCCUUGAACUGUUGGGUGACUAUAAUAUUAGCAAGUCAGAUGGUAGCACAGGGAGUUGGUUAGAACUAUAGGUCUUUACUGGAGGCCUGUGUAUUGGGCAUAAAAAUAGGAAGUUUCUAGUUAUGUUUUUGCUUUUUCCAUUUGUUCUCUGUAUUUAAAGGAGGGACCUGCUUUAUAGGAUACUGUGUAGUGCUUUUUAUCAAUUAUGUUGAAUAAAUUGCUGUUAUUUAUAAUAGUCACUCCUUUCCAACCA